AUGGGCGACAUACAAGAAUUUGAUGAAGAGAAAAAGGCAGAAGAAGAACAAAAAGAAGAUGGAUUAGCUUCAAAGAUAUGGGACUGUGGUAGUCCUUUGUAUGAUUCAUAUGAAUUGGUGUCAAUUGCACAUGUUUUAGAUAUGCAUCAAAUGAUUUUUCCAUAUGUAAUCAACAGAUCAACAAGGUCAGUUAUUCAUCCAUCAUCUUACUCACCAUCUUCAUCGGUGCCACAGUCAUUAACGAUGUCUCAUUCAUCAAGAAGGAUGAACAAUUGUUCAUUCAUGCCCUCCUUCAAGCCAUGGAAGAUGAGGAUUACCAUUGGCAAUAAGGUGAAAGUCGGGAUUUCGAAAAUAAGCCACAUAAUUGUUUCAUGGAGGAAAUGA